AUGAUGUCUCGGUUUACAAACGCCUUUAGCCAUGCAGAAGCCACAGCAACGCUGAUUGUCGACUUUGCGAUAGCAGCAAGCGCGGGCACUGAGCUCGCCAGUCGAGAACGGGUGGGUGCCGAGCGGAUUGGCGGCGGCAACGGCGGCAAAAGCAGCAACGACGACGAGUUUGAAGUUCAUAACGACGGUGUUCUGGUAGUAUUGAGCUUCCGGAUGGUGAUGUUUGCUGUGAGCUGUGACGGUUGA